AUGUCAACACCUGAUGCGAUACUUCUUGAUAUAGGGCCAGUUGUCAUGACAACGCUGACAGAUGCGAAGCGCAAGUCAUCAGAGUCAUGGACAGAAGGCAUCUCUUCGCUGGGAGAGAAUGCUGGGGAUCUCAAGCGGUACAGUGAUAAGGAUAAGGCCACAGUUAAAGUCCAUGGGAUCACACUACAGCAUCUCUUAGAAGAGCUCAGAAUCGAACCUGGACGCCUCAAUAUCUUACAAAUAGACGCAGAGUGUUAUGAUGCGCGCAUCUUGCUACAAUGGCCUGACUUGGAGGAGCACAGACCCACGGUGAUCAACAUCGAAUGGUCGUGCAUCAACACUGAGGAGCGGUGCCAGCUGAUUCAACGCUUAGUAGACGCUGGCUAUACCCACUUUGACCAUACCGAUAAGGACUUCACUGCGGUCAUCGCAGCCUGAGAUCUGAUCUACGUACAAGCGAGUGGUUAAUAGAUCAGGAGGAAUCAUAACGUAAUUCAGGAUAUGGAGUUUGCGCUACGCAGAAUGUACAGAUGCGCGUUCAGGAAUGACUUGAGUACCUGCAAUCACUAUGGUUAAUGUAACAUAGCGGACGUCCGGGUUUUGCAUUUUAGCGCCUAUUUCUUCAGCGGCUGACUUUACUGAUGCGAUACCCGAGAGACGCUGAAUAUAUCCAUCCUGAUCAGGAACAAAUACUGCCAAAAAUUUAAAGCUCGAGUGUCGACGAUGUGUG